CGUCGCUUGCGCUUUGAGCUUCCGUGGUGCGAGUGUGAAUGGCAUUAAACAUGGCGACCGACGGGCCACCUGGAGCUGAACAAACCCCGAGUGAUUUAGGGGGACCUGUGGCUAUGUUAAGUACAUGGACUCUUCAGGAGCUGCAGACUAAAUUGGCCGAAAUCGGCGCCCCUAAUAUGGGUCCAAGGGAGGAGCUUAUAGAACGACUAAAAAGUUACAGUAUGCAGACUGGAAUUAUACCAAGCAAGCCAGUGAUCCGCAGUGAUGAUGUGGAUAAAGGAGGACCGUUACCCGGACAGAUACCUGGUAUGCCCAUUCCUCCUCCUCCACAUCCAUUAGGAUUACCUCCAGGAAUGCCUCAAGGUAUGGGUUUGACUUUUCCAAUGGGCUUGCCUGGGACACCUCCUCCACCUCCACCACCUCCACCGCCACCUCCACCUGGCAUGGUUCCUCCUUUGCACAUGCCUGUCAUAGAUCCCAGCAGCUUAUCAGAAGAAGAUCGGUUGAAGAUCGCACAGCACCGUGCUGCAAUGCUUUUGCAGCAGGAGGAACGAGUCAAGCAACAGCAGCAACAACAGCAGCAAAUACAACAAAAUAAUGAUCGUGUUUUAGAUGAACACUUGAAAGAACAGGAGCUGCUUGAACAACAAAAACGGGCUGCAGUUUUGCUAGAACAUGAGCGGCAACAGCAGGAGCUGGCUAAAAUGCAACAUGGAGUUUCAAUUCCAGGACCCCGUGCGCCAGAGCCAAGUCCAAGACCUCCAAUGCCAUCAAUGCCUCCACUUCCUCAACUUCCUUUGCGUGGCAGUGCCCCUAGUGGACCUCCACCUCCAGGUGUUACACUUGUUCCACCAGGAAUUUCAAUGACAACCCCAAGUCCCAGAUCAAGAGGUCCACCUCCACCACCUGGAGAGGAUAUACGAGAGGGUGAUGAUGGAGGUGCAGGUCCAAAAAUCCCACAGGCAUUAGAAAAGAUCUUGCAGCUGAAAGAGAUGAGACAGGAGCAACUUGGUAACACAGCAGAAGAUGAAGAAAUGCCUGAUGUAGACAUGCGGUCAUCUGUGGCAGCCAGUUUAUCAGAAACGGAAGAUGAUGAGAUAAUAACUUCAAAAAAAGAUAAAAAUCGAAAGCGACGUAACCGUAAAAAGAAAAAGAAGGAACAAAAGACAACCAAGCGUAUAGGUACUUCAAGUGAAAAUCAAAAAGAGAAAAAGGAUAAAGAACAGGAAAAAGGAAAGGAGGCAGAUCCAGAGGUCCAGAUUGAAUAUGUUAUAGAAGAGCCAGAGAUCUAUGAUCCUAACUUCAUUUUUUUUAAGAGGAUCUUUGAGGCCUUUAAGCUCACUGAUGAUGUGAAGAAAGAGAAGGAGAAAGAGCCAGAAAAAAUGGAUAAACUUGAAACAACCAUAGUGAAAAAGAAAGGUUUUGAGGAGGAAAGGAGAGACAGUGAUGACAGUGAUGAGGAUCAAAGGCCCGACAUACCUAAAUUGUCCAAAAAGAAACUUCGACGAAUGAACAGAUUGACAGUGGCUGAGUUAAAGCAGUUAGUGGCCAGACCUGAUGUAGUGGAGAUGCAUGAUGUUACAGCCCAGGAGCCUAAGCUUUUGGUUCAUUUGAAGGCCACCAGAAAUACUGUGCCUGUGCCACGACACUGGUGUUUUAAGAGAAAAUACCUUCAAGGUAAAAGAGGUAUUGAAAAGCCCCCAUUUGAGCUGCCAGAUUUCAUCAAAAGGACAGGCAUUCAAGAAAUGAGAGAAGCACUUCAGGAAAAGGAGGAAGCAAAAACCAUGAAGACCAAAAUGAGGGAAAAAGUUCGUCCUAAGAUGGGAAAAAUUGACAUUGAUUACCAGAAAUUGCAUGAUGCCUUUUUCAAGUGGCAAAUAAAACCCAAACUAACCAUUCAUGGAGACCUUUAUUAUGAGGGUAAAGAGUUUGAGACCAGAUUGAAGGAAAAGAAACCUGGAGAUCUUUCAGAUGAGCUGAGGAUUGCCCUUGGGAUGCCUGUUGGUCCAAAUUCUCACAAGGUUCCUCCUCCUUGGCUCAUUGCCAUGCAGCGGUAUGGACCCCCACCUUCCUACCCUAACCUGAAGAUCCCUGGACUCAACUCUCCUAUUCCUGAUGGCUGUGCCUUUGGAUACCAUGCUGGAGGCUGGGGAAAACCCCCUGUAGAUGAGACGGGAAAACCAUUGUAUGGAGAUGUAUUUGGAACAAAUGCUGGUGAUUUCCAGGCUAAAACUGAAGAAGAGGAGAUUGACCGCACUCCUUGGGGAGAGCUGGAACCUUCUGAUGAAGAAUCUUCUGAGGAAGAGGAAGAGGAAAGUGAUGAGGAAAAGCCUGACGAAACUGGCUUUAUCACUCCGGCUGACAGUGGACUUAUCACACCAGGUGGAUUCUCUUCAGUUCCAGCAGGCAUGGAGACACCAGAGUUGAUUGAACUGCGAAAGAAGAAAAUUGAAGAGGCCAUGGAUGGGAAUGAAACACCACAGUUAUUCACAGUGCUUCCUGAGAAGAGGCCUGCUACAAUGGGUGCUGCUAUGAUGGCGUCGACUCACAUCUAUGAUGUGUCUGCUGCAAUGGCAAUGAGUGGUCGAAAGGGUGGCGGUGGACAGGAGCCUCAAGGGGUAGAAGUGGCACUGGCACCUGAAGAACUUGAGCUCGACCCAAUGGCAAUGACACAGAAGUAUGAGGAGCAUGUCCGGGAACAGCAGGCCCAGGUGGAGAAGGAAGACUUCAGUGACAUGGUGGCCGAGCAUGCUGCCAAACAGAAGCAAAAGAAAAGAAAAGCACAACCACAGGAUAUCCGUGGAGGAGCCAAAAAGUACAAGGAAUUCAAGUUUUAGCCACCGAAGGACUGCCGUUUCAGGGCUGUAUCUCCAAACUCUUCAUUGUCUGCUUCUGUGAAAGUUUUUUUUUUUUUAUUAAUUAUUAUUUUAAUGAAGUUUUGUAGUUGCUCUCUCGGUAUAGAUGUCUACAGUAAUGCCACAUGCUAAUUUUUUUGUAAAUAAAAGGUUGGGAGGACUGUUGCA